GUAAUUGGCUCUGCGGAACCGGCCUGGGACACGAGGGCCUGUCGGGUCAGGAAGUGGUAACAAUGCUGCUCUUUCAGGAAAGACACGGCUUGGUCUUAGGUCCUGUGUGACUCCAGGGGAAUCUGGAGAACAGCCUGUUCUCAGAGGAUGUUCUCUAACCUAGACUCCCCUCCAGAGACUGUCAGCAUCAAUAAGGCCAUUAAUACGCAGGAAGUGGCUGUAAAGGAAAAGCACGCCAGAACAUGCAUACUGGGUACCCACCACGAGAAAGGUGCUCAGACCUUCUGGUCUGUUGUCAACCGACUGCCUCUCUCCAGCAACGCGGUGCUCUGCUGGAAGUUCUGCCAUGUGUUCCACAAGCUCCUCCGAGAUGGACACCCAAACGUCCUGAAGGACUCUCUGCGAUACAGAAAUGAAUUGAGUGACAUGAGCAGGAUGUGGGGUCACCUGAGUGAGGGGUAUGGACAGCUUUGCAGCAUCUACCUCAAACUGCUGAGAACGAAGAUGGAAUACCACACGAAAAAUCCCAGGUUCCCAGGCAACCUCCAGAUGAGUGACCGACAGCUGGACGAGGCUGGAGAAAGUGAUGUUAACAACUUUUUCCAGUUAACAGUGGAGAUGUUUGACUACCUGGAGUGUGAACUAAACCUCUUCCAAACAGUGUUCAACUCCUUGGACAUGUCCCGCUCUGUGUCCGUGACCACAGCUGGGCAGUGCCGCCUCGCCCCGCUGAUCCAGGUCAUAUUGGACUGCAGCCAUCUCUAUGACUACACUGUCAAGCUUCUCUUCAAACUCCACUCCUGCCUCCCAGCUGACACCCUGCAAGGUCACCGGGACCGCUUCAUGGAGCAGUUCACGAAGUUGAAAGAUCUGUUCUACCGCUCCAGCAACCUACAGUACUUCAAGCGGCUCAUUCAGAUCCCCCAGCUGCCUGAGAACCCACCCAACUUCCUGCGAGCCUCAGCUCUGUCAGAACAUAUCAGCCCGGUGGUGGUCAUCCCAGCAGAGGCCUCAUCCCCUGACAGCGAGCCUGUCUUGGAGAAGGAUGACCUCAUGGAUAUGGAUGCCUCUCAGCAGAAUGUAUUUGACAACAAGUUUGAUGACAUCUUUGGCAGCUCACUCAGCAGUGAUCCUUUCAAUUUCAACAGUCAGAACGGUGUGAACAAGGAUGAGAAGGACCACUUAACUGAACAACUAUACAGAGAGAUCAGUGGGCUGAAAGCACAACUAGAAAACGUGAAGAUGGAGGGCCAGCGGGCCGUGCUGCAGCUGAAGGGCCGCAUCAGCGAGCUGGAAGCCGAGCUGGCUGAGCAGCGGCACCUGCGGCAGCAGGCAGCCGACGAUGGCGAGUUCCUCCGGGCCGAGCUGGACGAGCUCAGGAGGCAGCGGGAAGACACCCAGAAGGCCCAGCGGAGCCUGACCGAGAUAGAAAGGAAGGCCCAAGCCAAUGAACAGCGGUAUAGCAAGCUAAAGGAGAAGUACAGCGAGCUGGUUCAGAACCACGCUGACCUGCUGCGGAAGAAUGCAGAGGUGACCAAACAGGUGUCUGUGGCCAGACAAGCCCAGGUAGAUUUGGAACGAGAGAAGAAAGAGAUGGAGGAUUCCUUGGAGCGCAUCAGUGAACAAGGCCAGCGGAAGACUCAAGAACAGCUGGAAGUUCUAGAAAACCUGAAGCAAGAACUUGCCACCAGCCAAAGGGAGCUUCAGGUUCUCAAAGGCCGCCUGGAAACUUCUGCCCAGUCGGAAACAAAAUGGGCGACCCAAAUCACUGAACUAGAGAAGGAGCGAGACAGCCUGGGGGAAGCCGCAGCUUGUCGGGAAGAGGAAUUAUCUUCUCUUCGGAAACAGCUAGAGUACACCCAGCUCAAACUGGCCAGCACGCAGGAAUCUAUGUGCCAGCUCGCAAAAGACCAACAAAAAAUGCUUCUGGUGGGGUCCAGGAAGGCUGUGGAGCAGGUGAUACAAGAAGCCCUGAGUCAGCUUGAAGAACCCACCCUCAUCAGCUGUGCUGGGUCUGCAGACCACCUUCUCUCCACGGUCAAAUCUGUUUCCAGGUGCAUUGGGCAAUUGGAAAAAAGCCGGAGCCAGUAUCUGGCCUGCCCAGAAGAUAUCAGCGGGCUUCUCCAUUCAGUAACCCGGCUUGCCUACUUGACCAGUGACACCAUUGCUCACGGCAGCGCCACCAGCCUUCGAGCCCCACCAGAGCCUGCUGACUCACUGACUGAGGCCUGUAAGCAGUAUGGCAGGGAAACCCUCGUCUAUCUGGCCUCCCUGGAUGAAGAGGGAACCCUUAAGAGUGCUGACAGCACAGCCAUGAAGAACUGCCUCGGCAAGAUUCAGGCCAUUGGCGAGGAGCUCCUGCCCCGGGGCCUGGACAUCAAGCAGGAGGAACUGGGGGACCUUGUGGACAAGGAGAUGGCUGCCACUUCUGCUGCCAUUGAAACCGCCACGGCCAGAAUAGAGGAGAUGCUCAGCAAAUCCCGAGCAGGAGACACAGGAGUCAAACUGGAGGUGAACGAAAGGAUCCUUGGUUCCUGUACUAGCCUAAUGCAAGCUAUUCAGGUGCUCAUCGUGGCCUCUAAGGACCUCCAGAGAGAGAUUGUGGAGAGCGGCAGGGGUACAGCAUCCCCUAAAGAGUUCUAUGCCAAGAAUUCUCGAUGGACAGAAGGACUCAUCUCAGCUUCCAAAGCCGUGGGCUGGGGAGCCACUGUUAUGGUGGAUGCAGCUGAUCUGGUGGUCCAAGGCAAGGGGAAGUUUGAGGAGCUGAUGGUGUGUUCGCAUGAAAUUGCUGCUAGCACAGCCCAGCUUGUAGCUGCAUCCAAGGUGAAAGCUGAUAAGGACAGCCCCAACCUUGCCCAGCUGCAGCAGGCUUCUCGAGGAGUGAACCAGGCCACUGCCGGGGUCGUGGCCUCAACCAUUUCUGGCAAAUCACAGAUCGAAGAGACAGACAGUAUGGACUUCUCAAGCAUGACGCUGACCCAGAUCAAACGCCAAGAGAUGGAUUCCCAGGUUAGGGUGCUGGAGCUAGAAACUGAUUUGCAGAAAGAGCGUCAAAAACUGGGAGAGCUUCGGAAAAAGCACUAUGAACUUGCAGGUGUCGCUGAGGGCUGGGAAGAAGGAACAGAAGCAUCUCCGCCUAUACUGCAAGAAGCGGUAACCGAAAAAGAGUAGCGCCAAACCAACACCCUAUACGUCAGCGUGUAAAUCCUUGUUACCAUCUCUGUGUCUGUUAUUUCCCCAGCCACAGGCCACAAAGUCCUUGGCAGCCAUGCCGCUCCCACUGCCCAGUGCCGAGGACCUGCAUGACCCUUCCAAAGACUCCCUCCACAGUGACACCCUCUCUGUUUGGACCCAGGGUCUCUGUUCUUUCCCCGCCUCUGUGGCAUCCCGGCUGGCCAGUGCAGCCCAUGAGCAAGCCCAGGUCCAAAGAGGAGGGGGCCAGGGCCACUCAACAGAAAGGACCUCCAUCCGGUCCUGCCUACUGUUUCACCCCCACAACUGGUGUCCUUAGUCCUUCCUAGAGGGGCUGCUCGGUAUUGUCGAGACUUUGGAGAAGGAAGAUCUUAUGCAUUUUCUUUUCUGUUUUCUUCUCAGUCCUUUCAGUUUCAUCAUUUGCACAAACUUGUGAGCAUCAGAGGGCAGGUGGAUUCCAAGCCAGGACACUGCCCUGAAUCCACAGUCGGGAGGACAGCAGGAGUGUCCUGGCUGAGAAUGCCAAGGCCAUCCUCCCCUUCUUCUGGCAGUUCCAUGGAUUUCCACCGCUACUCGAUGGUGGUUGGUUGGGUUUUCUUGUUUUGUUUAGUUUCAAGUCUUACUCACGUAUCCACCUCUCCCAGAGGGCACAGCCCUGGCUCUCUGAGCUCCCCAGGGCCCCCACCGCGGCAGGUCCAGCAGUGGUGCUGCUCAGGCUUCACCUUGGUGCUCCACCUCCGCCUCCGCCCUGCGGCCCGGUCCAGGGCCGGGCGGAGCUGCUGAGUGACAGCUUUCCUCAAAGGCCGAAGCAGAGCGAGUGCCUUGUCUUCCUAAAGCUGGACCCCAGCGGAAAGCCUCUGUCCACCUUCCCGAGGGAGAGGGCAGCAGAAAGAAGGAAAGGAGGAGUGUACACAGCUGGGGUCUUCGGGGGACACCCUUCCUAGGAAUUCCCAUGACCAGGCUCAAAAACCUUAUCACAUGCUUGAAGGAAGCUGGUGAGAGUCAUAACACUAUUUCCCCCAGAACGAAUGACAUGGAACACGUCAAGUGGGCCACCUCCUUUGAUUCCCAGGCAGGGGCCUGAGAGAGAGCGUGGGGAUUUCCAGCUCCUUUCUCCAUAUAUCUGCCUUGGCUGGCAUCAUCAUGAAUCUGAAGAUCGUUCUGAGUUCUACCCAGUUGACAGAUCCGGAAGAUCAGAUCACUUGCUCCCAUCAGGAAAGAACCCUGUGCUUGGUUCGGAACCCUCAGUAUUUAUUACUAACCUCCUUUGAGCAGCAACAGCCUACAAAAAGAUGGCUUGGAGCAAUCAGGACUUGAGGUGUGACUGGCAAGGCUCGUACUGCUGGCCUGCUCCAUCGGCCUGUUGGAAUCAAGCAAGGCCAACGGGGCCAGCCUGGACUGUUACUGACUUGGAUCUCAAAGUAAGCAGGUCCCUCAGAGUUGUGGGGUCAGGGAAAACAGAAAAGGGGAACCACUGGCUCUGACUCCUUCCAGCCACACGUUCCAGGCUCUUGCUGCCCUGCAGACAGGAUGAGAACAGAGGGCACACUGAGCAACCUCCUAGACACGGGCAUCCUGACAGCACUUUUCCGCUUCCAGAUGAACCCCAGCAUUUAAGUGACCUUCUGAUCUUGGGAAAACAGCGUC